CCCAGAGCGUGUGCUGACUGGUCACUAGUGUUCCGUCGCAAGCUGUGCGGUGACCUCUUUCUCACUCGGUUCCGCGAAAUAGGCUGCCGUCGGCGGGUUUGGAUGCUGUUUGGAUGGGCAUUAAAGUACCACCUGGCUAAGAGAAAGGAGAGGCUCUCUGCUGAUAGCCAGGCAAGCCGUGUCUGCUCGUGGGCUGACACAGUUAGUGGGAGUUAGUGGAUAGGUUUGUACCAACAAGCGGAACUCUAAACAAGAAGAGCUUGACUCCAACCCAACAUACCAGGAUCCGUGCGUGCUUCGAGUGUGUGUACGUCUGCAUCGGAGGGUGGUCGACGAGAUAAGCGUGGAAAGCACCUGUAGUGAAAACUGCCGUGAGAAAAAAAACAAGCAACAAGAGACCCUGUGUGAGCCAACACUUCUGUGCCAUCGCUGGUGUGGGUGGUACAGACUGCUGGAACUGUGGUUGCGAUGGCAUCAUGAUGACAAUGAUGCUAGAAGAGAUGAGGAGCGAAAGAAAAACAGUUUUUAAUUAGAAAAGGAAUCAGAGAACAAUAGUCAAGUGCUGCUGACAGAGAACAACUGACUGAUUGAGCUAAGCAGCGGCAGAAAAUGCAAAUCGCAAGGAAAAAGAAACAGAACAACGUUCUUACUUGACAAUGAUAAUAAUGUGUCCCGCUGUUCUAUGGCAUUGUGCGGAAUUGUGAGAGGUUCCCCCAGCGUGGGCUUCAAUAUAUCAUCCUGAUUUUUGUCAACGUUUUAAACUAAAGCCAAUUUUUAGAUACACACAAUCAAGGGUGGUGCGAAAUAUGGCACAUAUUGCUGCAAAGUGAUUAGUUUUCGGAAUUUUUGAUCAGCAGUGCUGAGGUUCUUACUCGGUUUGCUACUACUCAUGGAGAAAUGUGAAUAUAGCACUGUACAAUAAUAAGUGCCUAUAAAUGAAAUAAGAUGAUUGAAAAAAUGCGAAAAAUUCUCGUAGGCUCCACGAAGUUUUGCAACGCGAAAAAGCAUCUGUUGGUGAGGAGGAGUACCGCUUCUCAUUUUCUCACUCUCCCGUACCUUGCCUAGUGAUACUGGAUUCGGAUGGCAGGGGCCUGGAAACUACCACUGUGCUAUGUAUUCCGCAAAGUUCAACAAAGAAAAGUUCGUCUAGAAAAUGGAAGAUUUAUGCAAAACGUUAAUGUGAAAAGUUGUUGUUGCCCACGCGUUUGGAAACGUGGUUUCUUUGUGUGUGCGAAAAGAAAUUGGUUGUUCAAUUGAAAAUGUUUAUCUCCGUUGCUGGUUUUCCGCGGGAUGAGUGAGAUGGCGCCACACUAGCGAUGGCAGUAGGCAGAGCAACAGAGAUAUACAGUAACGUGGACAAGCACGGAAGAGCGAAUGUGGCGAGAGUCUAACCUACAUAUUCCGUCACAACAACAUCCAACACCCAACUGAAAACCGUGUUUGCUUCGUUAGCGCACUUCAUGAAUUUGAAAUCGGAUAAUAAAACAAGAAAUAUUAAAAUAUUAAGCAAUUGCUCUUGUCACCCCUGCUCACACCGCACCGGGGCGAAGAAUAUUAAAUUCAACGAUGCACAAUUUUCCACUAUAGUGUAGAUUCGCCCAUGUAGUAGAAGUGCACCGAAUAAUUGAAGCAUUAUCGUAACACAAAAAUUACAACACCACGAAACAAAGUGGGAAAAGUGCCCGGCCAUCACUGACACGGGAGAAGAUUAUGCGGCUAAGAUAGUGCAAUAGUUAGUUCCGAGCCACUUCACACCGAAUAGACACCGCUACCGGCACGAAUAAAUGCAAGGUGGAAUCUGCUGAAAUGGAUCAAACAGGAUACUGAAUGUACGAUCUGGUGAAUAUUUCAUGAUGUUGGUGGUAGGUGGUAGCGUCGUCGUCGUUGUCGUCGCUGAGGCUCUUUCAGAUUCAGAAACACAUCGGUUUUCGUCGUAUACAUUCAAUAUGAAGAAGGGCGCUAAGUGAAUCCUUCAGCGAAGAAUAAUAUUUGUGGAAAUCGAGCGGAUAAAAGUGCAAAGAAAGAUAAAUUGCUGUGGCUAGAAUAAUAUUGAAUCCAUUUGGAGCGUGUCGAAUCGGUUGUAGGUAUCGAUCUGUUGGUAGCUGAAAAAUAGAACGAGCAUCAGGUCUCCUGGUACAUAAAGUUUGAAGAAAACAAUUUAGUGUAGAAAUUCGCGAAGCGGAAAAGAUAUAAACGAGAAGGUAAACUACUGAAGGAUCACAUUCAUCUGUUACAGUCGAAUGCAGUAAUAACAGUUACUAGAGUGCCCGAGGAGGUGUUGUGAUUAUAGUCUGUAUCAGCAUUCUUCUGUUCUCUACGGGUGGCUUGUGCCUGUGGAAACUUCAUCAUCAACUGGGAAAAAGCUCGGUGGAAAGUGUAGCGUAAGUAACCGAUGCAAAUAUAGUGUGGGCAAACAAACGAAAGCAAAUUCCCAGUGAUCGAAACAAGUUCACUUCAUUGAAGUCGAUGCAGCGAUUUCCGUGUGACGGUGUCUGUGUGUUUAUUCGUAUGAAAAAAUUUGCCCUUUUCUGCAGUGCGUUAUGUUAUCGAUGGGUGAAGGAGGUGCUUCAGGGUGGCCAUACUAAGAGUGCUUUGUGUGUGUGUGCUGCUAGCUCAUAGCUCAUUCUGAAACGGAUCCUCGUUUGUCUGCUGCCUGGCGGUGGCUGCCACUGGAUGAUGCAACAUUCCGGUUUGAGAUCGGGAUGAUAAUAGUGGGGAACGAAGAGAAGGCGACCGUACCCGGUUCACACACAUUUGGAACAAGUGAUUUCCCUCAACGUUGCUGCAUCUCCAAUUGGUCAAACGACAGAAGAUCCCCUCAACGGAAUAAUGUCAUUUGAGAAUGGACUCAAUUAACUUCAUUUAUCGCCGACUGAAUUUCAACCAAAUCAAAGAGGAAAUCGGAAACGGGCGGAAAUUUCACCGGGAAGUUUUGCAGCAAACAGAGCCAUCCUUCGUCGAUUGUCGGUUUGUUUUUUCGCGAAAGAUAUUUUUGCUGAGAUAAGUAUUCUGAAGCAAAAAGUAAAACUUUUUAUUACUCCCCUGCUGAGUAUAGUCGACAGCGAAAAACUGCACAUAGUCUGUGUUCCGGUGGGUUGCGAGACAGGCCUGGGGGCCACCAGCAGCAGAGGGGAAGCGUGUCACUGAUAAUACUGGCCCGCGUUGCGAUUUGGGACUGCUCUAGAGGUUCUGCACGGCAAAGGGCGGCUCCGGCGAGAGCGGUUAUACCAAUGCUCUACCGUUGCCGCUGGUCCUGCCACCGUUCAAGGUUUAAGGAUAUACUCGGAAGAUGAAGGUUGACAAGGCGGUAUGCACCGACACGUACGAAGAUUUGAGCAGAACGAUACGGUUUGAGACCGUCUUCUCGACGCUAAUAGAGAACAAAAUAUUGGCAAUUAAACGUGAGUGCGAGCUAAAGAAGCGAAACAAAAAGUCCAAAGUCAUUCGGCGGAUUUUGUUCGGAAGGAAAUCUUGCCGGAAACUAGGUAGAAAUGUUUCUAUCGAAGGGAGCAGGUCUAAAAACGUUUCCGAGGGAGAUGAUGAGGAAGCUGAAGAGGAAGCGACGAAAGGGGGUCAGGAUGGAGCUGAAGCCAUCGGAGGUUUGCCGGUGGAAAAUUCAAUCAUUAGUGAUGGUGCUGAUGAGGUUAUCGUCGAGGUUGGCGAUUUGUCCUCGUUGGUUGACACCGAUGGGAAUGUGUUGGCCAUCGAAUCCGAGGUUAGAAAAAUGGACGAUUAUCAAUCGACAUUUGAUCCGGAAGCAGUUCGUUAUGGGAUUUCCGGCAUGGUCGAUGGUGUGACGUCGGUAAAUUUAGACCCGGAUGAUGCGGAAACUGGUCGGGUGGUAGGCCAGGUUUCCCUCGCUGAUGAAUCUAUCGCACAGAAAAGCGAAGCGACAGCACAAUCAAUAGAAGACGAUAGGAAAUCGUUCAUUUCGAAUGAUGUUCGGUAUAGGGAACGAGCUAGUACAUUAGAACCAGUUAGUGUAUCCAUAGAAAUAGAACCACAUUCCGAUCCGCUUAGUACCCAGUAUGACCUCGAAGAUAGUGCAACUAACGUGUCCGUCGAGUUGGAUGUUAGUGAAAUUUCCGAAAUGAAACGGAGCAUAGCCUCCGAACCGGUUCCCAUAAUUAAGAAUGUUAGCAGAUACGGUGGUGAGACAUCGGUGCAGCCAUCACUACCCGGUACAACCUCACAUCGGUUGCGCGUUCUCGAGGCCAAAUCUAUCAGUGCCCAAAAUAGCCCAAUUCUUCAGCGUCAGAAGUCGACCGAAGCUCGCCAUCUGACGUUUAGUACUGCAACCUAUCAGACGACCUCGAUGAAAUCGAAGAAAGACAUCGAAGACACCUCAUUCGUGAUCGAUCUCAGUCGUGAAACGGGCGCCGACAACGGGGACACUAGCGGUGCCACUAGCAAUCUUAACUCUAUUGUGAUACAGCCGGAUAAGCAACCAGCACCGGAUGGCAAGCGUAGUAGCCACAAAAAGUCAGUAUUAGUAGUAGGCGAUAGCAGUAGUAGUAGCGCUAGUAGGAAGAACAAAUUGAACCCGGCUUCCACAAGUUCCGAUCAUCACUAUCACUCGAAACGAUUCAGUGAUGUAGUGGUCUAUGACCAAUCGCCACCACCAACGCCGGGACUGAUCGAAAGCUUUAAUCAGCUCACGACUCCCAAUCUACCUGUGAUAACGAUGCGUCAGUCCGCGUCGCCGGUUAGUGAUAUGAUCAAGCUGCAUCGCAUGUCCGCUGCUGGCAGUGGCAGCCGAUCCGGCAACUUUCCCGCACAAGCUCAACUGCAUCAGGAAUUCAGCAAUCAAACGAAACCGCAACUGACAACGACAAUCAUUAGUGAGCUGAGCGGAAGCGGAAGUGCACCCGGUCGGAAGCAGCGGCACGGUUUCCUCAGACAAUCCAGCUGUGACGUAGAGCUGCACUACAGGCCCAGCAGUGGUGCGUCGAGCUUGUUGCAGCAUCAGCAGCAACCACCGAAACAGCAGGAACGACACAAAAGUAGACGUUACAGUAGGGACAGUUUUAGCACUAAUCGAGCAACGACACUUACUGCGGGCGGUUGGGGUGACUACGGAGACGAUCCAGUUGUGAUGGCUGAGUUGAACGAGAGCGACGAGGAGAAGCUCAACAAGAGGAAAUACAAAUACUUGAAGCGCUGUUCGGACCCGGUAAUUGUGUUUCCUUCCACUAGCACCGGCGGGGGCGGAGGCGGAGGCGGAUCGAUGAUGGCCGGACCGAGCGGGAUGAGUGGAGGUUUCGGAAGCAGCGGUCUUCAGCACUGUAUCCUCAGUCGGCCACCGAAUCAACCGAUCCAAUUCCCAUACGAUGAAGACUUUAUGUACGACGUCUCGCUACAGCUUGAAUCCGACCGACACGGCGAGCUGGAUUCAAUAGUGCCUGAACAUAAAAGAAGACAUAAACAUAGACAUCACCACCAUCACAACUGCAAGAAGAAAAGACACAAGAAACGGAGAAUCCUAGUUCAUGAUUUAGAUGAUCAAAGUGUUAAGGUUAUAGAUCCCGAUGAACUUCCAAAGCGCGCCCGCUGGACGAUAAUCGCAACUGCUUUUCUACUGCUGAUAAUGUGCCUAUUCCUAGUCGGAUUGACCCUGCGGAUGGCUCCCAUCAUCGACGACAUGGUUCGCCAGGAAAACGAACGACUCAUGCGGGAGUCGCUGGACCGGGCCAGGAUGAUAAAGAACUACACCGAGUACAACCGGCUGAUGUCUGGCGGAGGCGGUGACGAAAUUCCAUAACGAUUUUUGCUCAGUCUCGUCUCUCCUGCCGUCGUUGAUCACUGUCAUUAUUGUUGGUUGCAAUUAUUGCUAGUGGCAGUGGACCACCCACCUGCUCUGCUCGGGUGUAAAUCGUGUCAGGUUCCAAAAACCUGCCAGCCUCGAAGAUGAUACGCACACAGCUUUUUGUUUGCCUGUACCCAAUUGAACCGCCCGCAAUAGGAUGCUUCCAACGAAGAGAUCGGUUAUUUACAAUUAAUUUUAAUUUUUUUCGCGGAAUUCAAUUAAAAUAACACACAACGGUGAACCGAGACCAAUUACUACACACGCACACCGACAGCAAGCUGGAGCAGUAGCAGGUUGCGCGCGAUAAACCGACAUCGACGACGAACAGUGCGUACGAUUGGGAGAUAAUUUGCACUCGCCCAUACCGGCCGCCGUUUAUUCCAAUUAUACGAGUUGAAUAAAUGAUGGUCGAUUGUUUAAUUUUAAAAUAGGUACUUAGGUGUAGGUGCGGUGCCGCCGGCUAGCAUUUUGGUUGCCCAUGGCAACGAAUCGUAACUACGCAGACGACCGAAAGGAUAGAAGUUUGUUUAGUAGAGAUACGUUGAUGUUUGCGGUGAUCCGGAAUACAAUUCUCCUAUGGUAACAUCGGAGAAACCGAAGCGUAUAUUUUUCCUAAGGAAAGACAGUGUGUCACUUGAAAGAGUACCAAAGAUUAUUUUUAACAGAAAAAAAAUACAAACUCAACACAAGUCGUUCAUGAUAGAAGGGCAUCCGUUUGUGAAAGUAGCUUAGUUGUUAUUAACUGAUGGAUACACUAGAUUUCCGCGUACACUUUUUACUAUUCAGAAAAAAAAUAUCUCCUGUUUUUUCCAAUCUUGAGUAGUGUUCAGAUUAAGCUACAGAAAGCGAUGUUAGAAGUUAUUAUAUUAUGACCGGUUGUUAUUACUGAAACGUAGACGAUUUCUGUUAACAAAUUUUAAGGAAUGUUUGUUAGUUUAAUAUUUCUCUUUUACUAGACAACAAAACGAGAUGAGUGUAAAUCGAGUCAAUUUCAAAAAAAUCAUUGUCAGAUUUGUCGUUGAAAGCUAUCCGAUAGUUAAUUUUAUGAAAGUCAAGCAACUAGAAUGGGGUACUUCCAUUUACAAAAGUGCCACCUUAUAGAUUUGUUUCGAUUCAUUUUCUCUGGUAAAUUAAUAACAUUUGAAAAGGCUAUUCAGAAAAGCUAGCUAAAUUUAUUCCAUAAAUUUCACCUUACUAAUAUAAAUCAAAACUUCAUGGCAUGUAAAAACCAACUUGCUACUUUUAGUCUGCCAAAGCGAUUCUUCCGCAAAUAAACGACCCCCAUAAGGCAGGAAGGCUUAGAAGAAAAAAGUGAAACGCCCUUCAUCAACACCGUCGCUGUUGGUUGCUGAAACAGAAAACUUAUUCAACCCUCGAUAAUGAGCUCAUGGCUGUGGAGCACGUCAACCUCCGAUGAGCGGCCAGGGUCGUCCCGAUUCGCCGCCAGCAGCCAGGCCAGGAAGGAUAAUAUACUGGGACUAUGUGAAGCUUACCGGCAUGCAACCACGGCUAGCAUACACAGCCAGAAGAUAUGCAUGCAAUAUGACGUCAAAAUAUGUAGCAGCGCGCUUGCAAUCGUGACUGGAAUGGAACUAUUUUGCUGGAUACCGGGAAAUUGUGCAAGAGGGCAAAAAGGACAUACGCUGAUAAUGAAACGAAAAAAAAGGAACGACAUACAUAAGUCUUAAACUAACAGAUACCUAACAGUUUACACAGUGCCCUUUAGAGGGAGAAAAUAAGCACCAUCAUUGGCUCGUUCCUGAUUCGGUUCCUAGUUCAACCAGGACUGUCUGCUCCAAAUUUGAACUAAAUCAGAUAUUUCUUGCUACAGAACGUAGGAACUUAAAAGCUGUGUGGAAUUCUUCAACAAUUUACAUGGAUAUCAUAUUUUCGGCACUAGGUGACACUGUAUACAUAAGAUUAGGAGUCAGAGUCGAUUUGUUUGAACUUAUUUGAUCUGCAAAAAUACUAUUGAGUGUAGCUGAAUGGUAUGUUUGAUCUAAUUUUAGUACAUACAAUCAAUCAUCUAUAGGUUUACAAUGGUUAGUUCUACAAUUCAUCGUUUAGAGGGCGUAUUCAUUUUUCAAUGACGCUCCGUUGAAAAUGUGUCAACGUUCUGUCUCUCUAUCCGCUCGUAUAACUCAGCGAAUAAAAACCGCACUUACUCAGAGACUGAGUAAUGAAAAUCGGAAUAAUCGUGUGAUUUCUACCCAAUGUCUGAUCAUUGUUCGGAACGUUGGCCACAUAUCAAUACAAUUUUUCAUCCUGCAUGUUACUCAUUCUAUGAGUUGUUCCACUUUUAACUUUCAACUUAACGAGUAGUUGAUGGAAACGAAGAUGGCGACUUUCGGUCGAACGAAAUUCUCUCUAAACGUUUCCAUAAGGAUUUAAAUUGACUUGACGAGUAGCUGACAGAAAUCGAUGAGAAAUCGAAUUUUGAAGGCCCAGAUGGCGACUUCCGGUUGAGCUAAAUCUUCUAUAACCAUAUCAUCACUAUAUCUAUCCCUAUAUGUGUACUACAAAAUUUUCCGGAAAUACUCAUAUCGAUGAGGUUAUAAAGAAUUUAUGUCGCCAUUUUUGUUUAAAAAAUGGUUUUCGAUUUCGAUGUCCGUCAUCUACUUGUUAAUCCCAUUCUGAAAAUACGGUCAUUGUUUAGGCUACAGAGAAUUUAUCUAAACCGGAAGUGGCCAUUUUGAAUUGUUGAAUAGCGUCAGACAUCGAUUUCCGUCAUCUAC